UGUCGUUCAACCAAAAUCGAGCUGAGUAAAUGGCAAUGCAACCGUAAAAUGUAGGUGUUUUCACUGGUGGAUUUUCCAGUCGGCAGAAAUCGACCCGUGUAAAGGCAGCUUAACCUACAAUAUUUUUCAUUUUACAGGAGAAGCAAAAAAACUUUAUAAAAACAUGUAGUACCAAGAACAGGAGGGUCUUUUUAAAAAGUGGCAUGCAACUCCGUUGUUUUGGUACUAACACUUUAAAUUUCUAUUCCAGGUGUAUUUCAAUACAUCGUACAAAAAUCUGUGAAAAACGCAGUUUCGAAAAAAGUGUUGAUUAGGGUAUUUGUGAAUUAAGGUAACGAUUUACUUCCAUAGUAAAAAUUAAUACAUGUUUUGUUCUUGUGAAAUAUUGGUAAUCAACACAGCUAUGAAAUUUUUACACAACAUAUAAAAAGAAGUAACGGUACCCUAUAAACAUUCGGACUCAUUUUAGAGUCAGAAGUCUCAGAAUUCCUUUCACUUCUACGUGAACUUUGUUCAUUUAUUUAUCUCGGAAUUUAUGACACCAAAAUAGCCGGAAAUGAGUCUGGCUGGUUGACUGGUUUCUUUCGGCAUAGAUAAUUUGACAGUUAAAGAUAAAUCUAAUAAAUCUACCAUAUGGCAGCUGCUGCAAUAAUGAAGGCAUGUGGCAGCACCGUUUCAAUGUCAAAUUUGACACAAAAAAAAUACAUUCGGUGAAAAUCGGCGAAAAUCGAUUAAUUUGAUAAUAAUUUUGUAUAUUGCCAGGAUAUUAUUAAAAAAAAAUUGUGAAACCGAAAAAUAAGAUUUUAAGAUACCAUGAAUCAACUAUCGCGCAAUAAUUUACAAGAAUUUUGCCGCACUUGCUUGAAAAGCUUGCAAAAGCGCCGCAGACGUGAGCGGGAGUCGUCGCCCACUAGUCUGGAGCUGCUGAAUGCUAACGACUAUGACAAGGACAUUGAUUCUGAUUCCAUACAUAGUUAUAAUCUAAGUUUGCUGCCAGAGUUACAAAAAUUAUUCGUACUAUUUACAUCUUUAGAAUUUUCGGAAACGGACAAUGAGGAUGUUUAUCCGCGGAGCCUCUGUCAACUGUGCUAUGACAAGAUGAUUGAUUUUCAAGAGUUCCGUCAUUUGGCAAUUAAUUCGGCAGAAGUCCUAUAUAAAAUUGUAAACAGUUUAGAUGAUGAAUUGACUAAAGCACCAGAUGAAGCAUAUCAUCUUCAGCCCAAUGAAGACAAGGAAGGCAUACUAGAAAAGUUUAAUAUCGAAAGAAGCUACCAAAACAUACAUGAUGACGACGACCAACUGCUCCUACCUGAACUUGCACCUCUAAGAGAAAAUCUAAUUAAGAAAGAGCCUCUUGAUUAUAAUAAGCCAGAUAAUCAUUCUGAAAUGAUUCUGCCAAACGAUAUUUCUGAAAAUUCGACUGAUGUGAUCGUCAAAACCGAAAUCGAUUUGGAAUACGAGAAAAAAGAAAACUCACUAUUUAACGAUAAUAAUGCAUUAGACACAACUUAUAAUUCGAUUAGCGAUGAUGCUGAUGACGAGGAUCGCACCUACUCUAGCUCUCGUAAAAUACGCGACCGCAACAAAAAAUCUUUGAAAUGCCCACGCUGUGAUAAAUACGUGUAUAAACAGGUUUACCUGGACGCCCACAUUCGCGGAGUACAUGAAGGACACGAAAAACCAUUUCUUUGUUUGGAAUGCCAAAAAGCCUACACCCGCUACGAUCAACUGCAUACGCAUAUUCAAUCGCAUCAUAUGUAUGAUGCAGUUUUUAAGUUUAGUAAUACCUCGCAAAUGAAUGACACAACCUCGUUCCGGAGUGGACUGCAAUUCAAUAGCGAUAUAAUCUGUCAACAGUGCUUCAAGCAGUAUAGUUCAAAGCGCGCUUUGUCCGAACAUCUGAAACGGCAUGCUCAAAUCAAGAAUCAUAUAUGCACAGAAUGUGGCGUAGGAAAAGUUACAAGUACAGAAUUGCAAAUUCACAUGCGCACACACCAAUCUAAUUUAGAGAAAUUCAAGUGUAGCAUUUGUCCACAGGAAUUUAGUCACAAGAAUGCAAUAUCCCGACAUGUACGAGUUGUGCACGAGGGCCAACGUCGAUUUCCGUGCAGUUACUGCCAGAAACGUUUUUCCACACGCAAUUCGCAGAUCUCGCAUGAACGCUUGCACACCGGCGAACGUCCCUUCAAUUGCGAGGUAUGCGACAAACGUUUUGCGCAGGUGGAAGGACUAAAAUCGCAUAUGAAGAACCAUGACAAAACUUUGCGCAAACAUAUAUGUUCGUUCUGCUCUGCAAGAUUUAUCACGAGAAAAAAUCUAAUAAAUCAUGAAAGGCGACAUCAAGGUGAUAAGCCCCAUCUCUGUAAUGCUUGUGGUCGUGGUUUCUUUUCAAUUGAAGAUCUCGGCGCACAUAAGCAGUCACAUACCGAAGAUGAGUUGCAUGGCAAGUUGGAGCCGAGUGAUUAUGAUACGUAUCAAGAUGCUGGCGAUAGUCUUGGAGAGCCAGCAAUGGAAGCGGAGUCCUGUACGGAUAAUCGGCUUGGAGCAUUUUUUUCGUAUAUCAAAUCGCAGAGCAGCAACUGAUGACUUUUUUAAUUUGAAGGCAAAGCUUUCUUAAUUUGCAAUAAAUGGGUCCAAUCGGGUUAAUUAUAUUAGAACAUACACAUACCUCAGUUCAUGGGCUAUGAAGUAGUUACACUAAUUUGAACUAAAAUAUAUUUAUUAAAGAAAUAUUGCAUGUUUA